GAGGCACGAAGAAUAUGGGGAAAGAAGAGGGAAGUGUUGGAGAGCUUAAAAAGUAUUUUUUUCACUAAAAACGUUUUUUUGGGUUAGUUUACAUGUUUUCUUGGAGAUGCUCGGUAUCAUUGGAGGGAGAGUGCGAGACAGAGCGGAUUACGCACCUCCACGGCUCCCCAGUCCCCACGCAGGCCGCUCUGUUCUGCCAGCAGUUGGCACAAGCAGCUUGGGCGCAAAAGAACAACUGCGAUCGAGCAAGGGACAAUGGCCCGCACCGCGGCGCCGGCCGCGGGCUACGGAGAGGACGGAGUGUACCGCUCCCCGCGCCCGGCCGUGCGCAUCGAGUCCGACACAGGCCUCUCCCUCAACGACCUCCUCUUCCGCCGCGCCGACGUGUGCCCCUCCGCUCUCGCGCUGGUCGACUCCGCCACCGGCCAAUCCCUCACCUUCGCCGCCUUUCGCUCCGCCGUCCUCACCACGGCCGUCGCCCUCUCCUCGCGCGCGGGCGUCCGGCGCGGCGACGUCGUCCUCUUCUUCGCCCCCAACUGCUUCCUCUACCCCGUCUGCUUCUUCGCCGUCACCGCCCUCGGCGCCGUCGCUACCACGGCCAACCCCCUCUACACCCCUCGGGAGGUCGCUAAACAGGCCACCGACUCGCGGGCCAAGCUCGCAAUCACGGUCUCUGAACUCCUUCCCAAAAUCGUGGACCUCGGCUUCCCCACCAUCCUGCUCGACGGCGGCGGCGACGGCGACGCGGCCAGUGCCGCCGCCUCCAAGCCUCAGGGAGCCAGCGUGACGCUUUACUCAGACCUCGUUUCCGGGGCGCGGGAGACGGAGUACCGCCGCCCGCCGACGAAGCAGAGCGACACGACCGCGCUGAUGUACUCGUCCGGCACGACGGGGGCGAGCAAGGGCGUAAUCCUGACACACCGCAACUUCAUCUCGGCGGCGGCCAUGAUGACAGCGGACCAGGACGCGCUCGGAGAGGGGCCCAACGUCUUCCUCUGCUUCCUGCCCAUGUUCCACAUCUUCGGCUUGUCCGUCAUCACGUUCGCGCAGAUGCAGCGUGGCAAUUCCGUCGUCGUGAUGUCGCGGUUUGACAUGGACUCUGUGAUGGCCGCGGUGCAGCGGCACCGUGUCACUCACCUCUUCUGCGUGCCGCCGGUCAUGAUAGCGCUCGCCAAGCUCGGGAGCGUUGGGAAAUAUGACCUCAGCUCGCUCAGGUUCAUCGGCUCUGGCGCAGCACCGCUCGGCAAGGACGUGAUGGAGGGAGUGGCCAAGAAUUUUCCAGAAGCUGUGAUUGCCCAGGGUUACGGAAUGACUGAAACUUGUGGGAUCAUAUCUUUAGAGUACCCAGAAAAAGGACAAAUUCGUCAAUUUGGUUCAACUGGAGCACUUGUCUCAGGAGUUGAAGCAAAAAUUGUUGAUGUAGAAACAUUGAUAUGUCUGCCACCAAAUCAACUAGGAGAAAUUUGUGUUCGAGGACCGAACAUAAUGCAAGGGUAUUUCAACAAUGUGCAAGCUACUGAAUUUACAAUCAAGCAAGGGUGGUUGCAUACUGGUGAUAUUGGAUACUUUGAUGAGGGAGGUCAGCUUUUCGUAGUUGAUAGACUUAAAGAACUGAUUAAGUACAAAGGUUUUCAGAUUGCACCUGCCGAGCUUGAAGGGCUACUUCUGUCUCAUCCAGAAAUUCUGGAUGCUGUUGUUAUCCCGUUCCCCGAUGCUGAAGCUGGUGAAGUUCCUAUUGCUUACGUCGUAAGGUCCUCUGAGAGUUCUUUGACUGAAGUUGAUGUCCAGAAAUUUAUUGAAAAGCAGGUCGCAUACUACAAAAAAUUGAGGAGGGUGACCUUUGUGGACAGCGUACCAAAAUCUGCUUCAGGGAAGAUCUUGAGAAGAGAACUCAUCUCUAAAGUCAGAUCAUCCAAGCUAUAGCAAGCCGGCUUCUGUGUUCAGAAGCUAGAACGACUUCCAAUUUGAAAAUUUGUCAGAUUGAGCGUAAAGGUUUACAUGUUACUGAGCGGAGCUUAUCAAGCAAUACAUUCAGCUUGACACAGUUUGUGGGACAUGUAUACAUGGUGGUGUCGGAUGACUUGUAUCGAAUAUUGGGCCUGAUUUACAUUCACUAUUCGAAAAUAGUACAGAUAUGUAAUAUGGCUCUGCUGCGUGUACAUCUUACAGACAGUUGUACGAAGAAAUAUUGUCCGACAGUUUGUGCAACCAGCGCAUUAUCUGUGGGACUGUUAUAGCCAUGAGUGUACUAUC